AUGACGGCCUACCCCAGGUCAAACCUGAACGACCCCAGGUCAAACCUGAACGACCCCUGGUCAAACCUGAACGACCCCUGGUCAAACCUGAACGACCCCUGGUCAAACCUGAACGACCCCAGGUCAAACCUGAACGACCCCAGGUCCUACCCUGACCCCCUACCCACCCCUCUUACAAUCCCCCAGGUCCUACCCUGUCCCCAGGUCCUACCAGGUCCCCUGACCCCCAUCCCCACCUCCUACCCCAUCCCUCAGGUCCUACCACGUCCCCUGACCCCCAUCCCCCAGGUCCUACCCCGUCCCCUGACCCCCAUCCUCCAGGUCCUACCCCGUCCCCUGACCCCCACCCCCCAGGUCCUACCCCCAUCCCCCAGGUCCUACCCCGCCCCGUGUCCCCCAUCCCCCAGGUCCUACCCCCUCCCCCAGGUCCUUCCCCUGACCCCCAUCCCCCAGGUCCUUCCCCUGACCCCCAUCCCCCAGGUCCUUCCCCGUAUCCUGACCCCCAUCCCCCAGUUCCUUCCCCUGACCCCCAUCCCUCAGGUCCUACCCCGUCCCCUGACCCCCAGGUCCUACCCCAUCCCCCAGGUCCUUCCCCUGACCCCCUUCCCCCAGGUCCUUCCCCAUCCCCCAGGUCCUACCCCGUCUCUGACCCCCGUCCCCCAGGUCCUUCCCCUGACACCCAUCCCCCAGGUCCUACCCCGUAUCCUGACCCCCAUCCCCCAGUUCCUUCCCCUGACACCCAUCCCCCAGUUCCUACCCAUUCCAUUGACCCCCAUCCCUCAGGUCCUACCCUGUCACCUAUCCCCCAGGUCCUACCCCAUCCCCCAGGUCCUUCCCCUGACCCCCAUCCCCCAGGUCCUUCCCCUGACCCCCAUCCCCCAGGUCCUACCCCCGACCCCCAUCCCCCAGCUUCUAUCCCAUCCCCGACCUCCAUCCCACUGGUCUACCCCGUCCUCUGACCCCCAUCCCCCAGUUCCUACCCAUUCCCCUGUCACCUAUCCCCCAGGUCCUACCCCAUCCCCUGAACCCCAUCCCCCAGGUCCUACCCCAUCCCCCAGGUCCUACCCCCGACCCCCAUCCCCCAGCUUCUAUCCCAUCCCCGACCUCCAUCCCACUGGUCUACCCCGUCCUCUGACCCCCAUCCCCCAGUUCCUACCCAUUCCCCUGUCACCUAUCCCCCAGGUCCUACCCCAUCCCCUGAACCCCAUCCCCCAGGUCCUACCCCAUCCCCCAGUUCCUACCCCUUCCCCUGACACCCAUCCCUCAAGGGUCUACCAUGUCCCCUGUCACCUAUCCCCCAGGUCCUACCCCAUCCCCCAGGUCCUUCCCCUGACCCCCAUCCCCCAGGUCCUUCCCCUGACCCCCAUCCCCCAGGUCCUACCCCAUCCCCCAGGUCCUUCCCCAUCCCCCAGGUCCUACCCCGUCUCUGACCCCCAUCCCCCAGGUCCUUCCCCUGACACCCAUCCCCCAGGUCCUACCCCGUAUCCUGACAUCCAUCCCCCAGGUCCUACCCCGUCCCUUACCCCCAUCCCCCAGGUCCUUCCCCGUAUCCAGACCCCCAUCCCCCAGGUCCUUCCCCGUAUCCUGACCCCCAUCCCCCAGGUCCUUCCCCUGACCCCCAGGUCCUACCCCGUCCCCUGUCCCCCAGGUCCUAUCCUGACCCCCAUCCCCCAGGUUCUACCUCAUCCCCUGACCCCCAGGUCCUACCCCACCCCCCAGGUCCUACCCCUUCUCCUGACCCCCACCCCCCAGGUCCUACCCUAUCCCCCAGGUCCUACCCCUUCUCCUGACAUCCAUCCCCCAGGUCCUACCCCACCCCCCAUGUCCUACCCCUUCUCCUAA